AUGUCUAAGAAAUCUAAUUUGGGUAAGGCUCUUCAAAGGCAACAAUAAAGGAAAAUGAAUGAGGGGGCAGCAAAAGUUCAGAAUCAAGGAUAGUUCUUUCAUGAUGGGAAGGUCGUAAAGGAGGAAUAUCAAAUCUAAUAAGAGAACUUGCAAUCUAUAAUUGAUUAGAAUCCUUUAAACGAGUAUUUGUAGAUGGCAGAGAUGGCAAAUAUCAAAUAUUAAGCAGAGAAGAAAUCAGAUGUGGUGGUAAAUGAAUAGCAGAAAUAAGUAAAAGAAAAGUGGAUAAUUUUUAGUUAGUGAUCAAUGUAAAUGCAAUAAGAAAGGGACAAUUACCGAAUUCAUCGGUGUAUGAUUAUUAGAAGAACCAACUGUUGGUUGACUUACAAAUACCAAGAAGACCUAGAUGGGAUGAAAAGACUACAGUUGAGUAAUUGAGGUUGAUGGAGAAUGAGAAUUUUUUAAAGUGGAGAAAGGAAUUGGCAAAGUUCGAAGAGGAACAUUACUAGAUCUAAUUGACUCCUUAUGAGAAGAAUAUUGAAGUUUGGAAGUAAUUGUGGAGAGUGGUAGAGAAAGCAGAUAUUUUGGUUUAAGUGGUAGAUGGAAGAGACAUCCUAUUCUAUCAUUGCAAUGACUUGACUAAAUACGUGCAUGAGGAAUAAAAUAGAGUUUACAGAAAGAAUCAAACAAAGAUCAAUUUUCUAUUGAUAAACAAAAGCGAUUUGAUAUCUGAUAAAAUUAGAGAGGAGUGGUCAGCCUUUUUGAAUUCAAAGAAUCUGAAUCACAUGUUCUUUAGUGCCAAAUUGGAAUAAGAGAAAAUUGAUAAGGAAGAAUAAGUGUAAGAUGCAACCAAUAUUCUAAUUUAAUAAGAGGAACCUAAAACUGAAGAAAACACAGAAGCAUUUAUAAAUACAUCAAAAAUAGCAGACAGAAAGAUAUUGUUAUCAGAGUUGAAAUCAUUGGUGUAAAAGAUUAGGAAGCAAAGAUAAGAGAAUGUGGAGACAACCAAAGUGAUCGAAUAAGAGGAUCAUGAUAUAUAACAUGAUGAGAAUACAGUCAUUAUUGGAAUGGUGGGAUAUCCUAAUGUUGGUAAGAGUUCAGUUAUUAAUGCCCUUUGUAAUAAGAAACUAGUUGGAGUUGCAGCAAGACCUGGAAAAACAAAGCACUUCUAGACAAUACCAUUGGAAAAAUAUCUAUUAGUAUUGAUCCUUAUUCUAAUUUAAGCUAUGUGAUUGUCCGGGUUUAAUAUUCCCCAAUGCUUCUUCAUCCAGAGCUGAAAUGGUAUGCAAUGGAGUCUUACCCAUUGAUAAUAUUAAAGAUUACUUGAGCCCAAUGGAUUUAUUAGCUGAAAGAAUCCCUAAAAUUGUUUUUGAAAAGCUUUAUGGAAUCAAUUUGCAAGAAUUCAAAGUUAUCGAUGCAUCUACUGUACUUUCUACCUACAGUAAAAAAAGAGGGUUCAUGACUGGUAGAGGCUUGCCAGAUGAAGCCAAAGCAUCUAAAUUAAUGCUAAAGGACUUUGUUAAUGGUAAAUUACUAUAUGUGAAAUUGCCACCAACCUACUAAGGUGAAGCUUUAUGGUAAUCCAAUCCUUUAGAAGAUUUAGAGAACCUAAUAUAUUAAUAAUAAUAAAAUUAACAUCAUUUAAAUGAUGAUGCUAAUAUUGAUAAUUAAUUUGAGAAUCAGUUGAUUCAGGAGAAGAAAAUCACGAAUGAAGAGAUAUUGGAAAUAUUCACUUAAGAAAACUUAGCUUAAUUGAUGGAAGGCAAGAAGGUUCAUGGUAUCAAAUUAACAAAGGAACAAAGAAGAGAGAUAAAACACAAUUUCCAAAGAGGUACUAUACAUUUGUAACAGCAUUUUAGGUGAUCCUAUCGACAUCAAAAAAUAUCUUAAUUUAUAACAAAACUAAAAGGAAACUCUAUAUAAAACAUAUAUUCAAGGUAAAAGAGGGUAGAUAUGAG